AUGACCAGCGCGUCAGCUGACACGACUGAGGAAAGCGGAGCUGAGAACAUCAUGAUAAAAUUACUCGAAAAACUAUCUCCGGCAGAGUGUCCUAAACUCCUGCACAGGUUUGUGGAUGGACUGUGUGGCCGGAGUUACCCAAGACGAGUGGAGUACAGUGAAGUAUGGAGUCUGACAGAGUGGGGGGAGUUAAUGAACUCACUCGCCCAACUUUUCCGAGUCGCUGUUGGGAGAAUGUCUAAGGAUCAGGAGGUGCAGGACCUGCUGGGUGAUUUAGACUCUGCACAUAGAGAUGCUACUCUGCAGUGUGUGCAUGCCAGACGGGAGGAGAUCAGACAAGCUUUGGUGGACAGAACCAAUGAAAUCUCCAGCACACAACUGCAGGACUUUAACUGGCAGAUAAAGCUUGCAUUGUCCAGUGAUAAGCUGUCAUCUUUAAACACUCCUCUAUUGAACCUCAGUCUGGACCUGAAAGAGAAUGGAAUCCAGAGGGCUGUAAAUAUAGAAAUGAACAAAGAAGAGCUGCACACACUCAUCAGUGCAUUAGAGGCUGCUAAUAAGGUGGUCCUACAGUUGAAAUGAACACAACACAUGACCAGCUGCAGAUCUCACCCUGCUGCGAUGGAGCUGAAGUGCAUGCCUCAGGGUCGAGGAAGUGUGAUCUUUUUUGGGACGCCUCUACUGUGCAAACAGGAUGAGAAACUAGCAGUCAGCACCUGGCUUUUAUUUCUGGACCUAGAAAAAAAUGACUGUGAUAAUGUGUAUUUAUGUACGUGUUGAAACUGGUGCAUGGGUUGGCCCAAGACUGAUGUCUGUUGGCAGUACAGUAAAUAGCCAUGAGUCACAGGACCUUGGUAAGUUUUUGCUUUCUGAGAACAGCUCAGAAUAUUUAAAAGCAGUGGGAGGGUUCUGACUAAAUCAAAGUAUUUUUGUUCUUCAUUUUUCUAGAACAGAUUUUUCUCAUGUAAUAGCAAUCAAUUGUAUAUAUUCCUCAAUAAUUCUGCAACUCUUCUUUUAAUACAAUGUGGUUAAUUGCUACUCUUUCCUUAUUAAACUGAAAAAGGAUUAUUUAC